GAUACUUUAAAUCCAUGCUGAGUGGCCAUUUGAAGUUUUGUUUUUGUUUGCAAAACUUUUUGUUUCUUGAGUUUCACAUCAUAUGACUUACUUUUAAAACUAUUACCGAAAUAUCGUGAGGAUAUUCAAUGUAGGUUUCUGAUUGGCCAGUUUUCCCAUCUUUUUGUGCCUGAACAUGUUUUACUCCUAAUGGGGAAUCAGAAAUAUGUUUUCAUUUUUAAAAUUUGUUUCUCCAUAAGCUUUGUUGUGGAUCACAUAAAAUUUUUAGAACUUUCAACAUCUUUCGUAUUCAGGUUUGCUAUGACGGAUAUUACGGGAUUUUAGUCUUCAGUACGCCAACACGACUGUUUUAAAAGUCUUUAUUGUUCACAUGAAAUCAUUUGAAGUAUUUAAUGCUUUGAAUGCUGUUAAUAUUCAGCAGCUACAGAAUACUAUCCAGUCUUUAAUAUGUGUCGUUUUGUAACUGAUCAUUUGAAAACGUAUGAAUUUGGAUGUUCCGAUGGACAAAUCAAAGUCAGAAUGACCAAUCAACGCAUUGUGAUUAAUGUUAGUGGUCUUCGCUUUGAAACCCACACAGAUACCUUAAAUCGAUUUCCUAAUACCCUCCUUGGAUGUCCUUUCCGGAGAAGUCGUUAUUAUGAUUCCCUGAGAAAUGAGUAUUUCUUUGACCGAAAUCGUCCUAGUUUUGAUGCAAUACUAUAUUUUUAUCAAAGUGGUGGAAGACUUAGACGACCAGUUAAUGUACCGAUUGAUGUAUUCACAGAAGAAAUAAAGUUUUAUGAUCUUGGAGAAGAAAUAUUUGAACGCUAUCGUGAAGACGAAGGGUUCACUAAAGAAGAUGUUCACAUCCUUCCUAAGAAUAAAUUUCAGAGAAAAGUUUGGCUGCUUUUCGAAUACCCUGAGAGUUCGACUGCAGCAAGGUGUGUAGCCAUUAUUUCCUUAUUAGUCAUUCUUAUUUCAAUUAUCAUUUUUUGUGUUGAAACACUACCACAUUUUAGACACUAUGAACUCGAAUUUAUUGAAGGUUCUACUGAACUGCCAAUUAUAUCUGCUGUUGAUACACCCCAAGUAACAGGGACAUUGUUUAUUCUCGAGUCUAUCUGUGUUGUAUGGUACACUUUCGAGCUACUGGUUCGCUUUGCCGCCUGUCCACAAAAGUUGACAUUUUUCAGACAAGUAAUGAAUUUAAUCGAUGUGGUAUCUAUCAUUCCUUAUGCUAUCUCACUUGGCGCGCUAUUGGCCGAAGCUACGAAAGGUCAGAAUCAAGCUAUGUCACUGGCGAUUUUGAGAGUUAUUAGACUGGUUAGAGUCUUCCGCAUAUUUAAAUUAUCUCGUCAUUCUAAAGGGCUGCAGGUUCUUGGAAGAACACUCAAGGCGAGUUUUCGCGAACUAUGCUUACUUUGCUUCUUUCUGUUCGUUUGCGUUGUUCUGUUUUCAGCUGCAGUUUAUUUUGCUGAAGUCGAUGCUAGUGAAGAACAGUUUCCUAGUAUCAUUGAUGCAUUCUGGUGGGCGGUUGUUACUAUGACUACAGUUGGGUAUGGUGAUAUGAGACCCGUCACAAUGUGGGGGAAGAUUGUCGGUUCAAUGUGUGCAAUAGCAGGUGUCUUAACUAUAGCUCUCCCAGUGCCUGUAAUUGUCUCAAACUUCAACUACUUCUACCAUAGAGAGUCAGAAAGUGAAGAGCUUACCACUUACGUUCACGUUUCCGAUGACCAAAAAGGAUUUAAUUAUCUCGGUGAUAAAGUUUAUGACCAUUUUCAUGAAGAAACACUUGAAAGUAAAAGUAUAGGAACGCUAGAUCAAGAUAAAAAUAUGAGUGGAAGAAGAACAACAAUCCUGCUUCAGUCUCUUUCACAGCCAGUUGGACGAGAAAGAAUAUCUUCUGUAAAAGCUAAUGGUACGACAAAUGUUGACAUUGAAGCUGAUGAACAAUCCAGUUGUAUUGAUUCAUUGGGUGAAUUAAGCAACAUGUGUACGGAUGCAAGAAAUUCUCAAACGAAUACAAAUCAAGCCUCAAUAUCUUAUAGACAUCAUCAUCAAGCAUUUCAAGAAGUAAUGCAAAACACGACAUGCAAUCUCAGAGAUUUAAAGAUCUUUAUCCUCAGCAAACAAAUACCAGUGAUUACAUUCCAGUAAUAAUGAGAUCAGAAAAAGAAGCACAACACAUAUGGUCGGUACGUGAUUAGCUACUGAUGAUUUAUGGAGAAGAGAACAUGUAUCUGUACACUAGUGACGAUCGAUGAAUUGUGUUGUAAUGUAAUCGAAGCUGUGAAUAGAAUACUAUAUAAUUUUAUGCUGAUAAGAGGAGAUAAAAAAAUUUUGGAAUAAAUUUUUGAC